UUUGAAUUUGCUGCGAACUUUACUUGCGGUAACUUAUGUUAAAAAUGCGAAAACUUAUUAAUAGAGGGUAUUUUUUUAUCUAAAGUUUUCGUGCGUGGUUUCCUCUCUGUUGUCGUUACUAUUGGAAUUAAACUAAGAUUAGAAAAACAGACAUUAUUUUUUCAAUAAAUUAAUAACCUCAUCUAAACAAUACGUUUGAAUAAAUAUCAGUAUUAAAAUGCACUUACUAUGUACAAUCUGCAGUGAUUUAUUAAACCAAACUGAAAAUAUCUUUGUAAUCAAAUGUGGUCAUUUGUUUCACUAUCACUGUAUAAAACAAUGGAUAAGCAGAUCGAAAUCAUGUCCUCAAUGUCGUAUCAAUGUAACAGAAAGGUGCAUAUUCAGGCUUUAUCCAACCAUUUCAAAUGAUGUAACUGUUGAAGAUGUCACAACAUUGCAGUCCAGGCUGGAUGAUUUACAACUGCAAUUACGACAAGAAAAAACAAAAUGCAAAGAAAAAGAUAAUCAGAUUAAAGAAUUUAUUCUUAAUAUGAAAAAGAUAGAAGAUUCGCUGCAAAGUUCAGAAAAAAAGUUAGUUGAAAAAACAUCAGCUGUUAUAGCCCUGAAAGAUCAAUUAAAAUAUGUGCAAAUACAAAAUAAAGAGGUUCACAAACUAAAGUCUGAAAAUGAAGCACUAAAUAAAUAUGUCAAGACUUCAACUGAACUAAACAAAGUAUUGAAUGCGUGUUACGAUGAGGUGGAAAAAAUGAUACAAGAUUACGACGAUAUACGGACUUUAGCCACAUUUGCAACGGCAUUAAAACGUGCAUUAUGUGAUUCAGAGAAGAAGAAAAACCAUUACCGCGAUCAAGGACACCUGUUGAAGCAAAAGUUGGCAAGUGAGAAGGCUAGAGUGGAAACUCUUCAAAGUAAUUUAGACCAUAUGAUGUCACUCAAUGUUACGCUGACGUCACACGAUGUACCAAAAUUGUCGAAGUUCGAAAGUGGGGCAGAACCCGAGAUUGCUGAUAGCUUCAAACGUGAAGUUGUGGCUCCAGUACCUUUGGUGAAUUCAAUAGAAAAAUCGGACUCACCAUACUUAUCGUUGAAGCAAAGUAGCCUUCCCUUAACCGCACUACAACGGCGACCGAAUCAACAAUUACUAGAUAAAAAUCUUAAGCCGUCGGAAUUUGCACUAUUCAACUCUAUAAAAACGACGUGCCAAAACUUCAAAGAACAAGAGAAAGAAAGCAUUUUCCACAAAAAGGAAAAGCCGGAUGUAAAUUUAUUAAAAGAAAAUGUAACAGAUAUGAACACUUCGUAUGAUGGACUUGGGGGUCAUUCUAAACUGGACAUUUUUCCAAAGCCAAGCACAAGUAAUAUGACACGUAUUCCCAAGCUAUCUGCGAAACAUAAGCUAAAACGACCGAAUAGUCAAGAUAUUAGCGAGUUACCAAUCAAUAAAUACUUCAAAAAGAUAUAAAUAGCAAUAGAUUUUAUUUUAUUUUGUCAUUGUUAAAUCAAUGAAGUUACAGAAUCCCUGUGAUGUUUAAUCUCAAAUGCAUGCACAUACAUUUUAAAACUAGAUUGAGAUUGCAACACCUUGAACUGAAACCCAACAUUAGCUCAUAGGCCAAUGAUCUCGAAUUUGCCUAUAAAGUUAUACUUUUUUCACAGGGUAUUUUGUUAGAUAUUAAAAGAAAAAGGUGAUUUUCUUAGUUUGUACCUGUAUUUGCCAUAUAAUGUUAACAUGUAAGAUAUCUUUGUUGUUAUUAAGUUUUACUAUCCGCCUAUAAAUUUAGUUGUAUUAAGCAUCUCUAGUAUUUGAAGGUAGCAGGAUAAGACUUUUGUGAACAUAUUAUUAUAAUUAAAAAAAAACAUCUCUAGGCAAAACUGUUACUCUAUAUGCUUCAUAAUGCAUGUUAUAAUGUAUCUUUGUUAAACCACAAGUCACAGACUAUUAACAGCAGCUCUUUAAUGUUGGUUGUGUAAAAAUAUUUAGGAAAGCCUAGAGUUAAAAGGGGUUACCCUAAAUGUCACUGGUUUGGCAUAGCAAUAAGCUCAUUGUUUGAAAGGAUUUUUUAAUACAUUAAAUAGUUGAUCUACAUUUUCUUUCUUUAUUUCAUAAAUUGUACCAGUAUAGAAAAAAGAUUCGGAAUCUUUUGCUUUAAAUGUUUUGGCUCAUGUUAUAACAAUCACAUCAAAUUUAAUAAAUGCAGUCAUGUUAGAUGUUAAGUUGUUUUGUAAAUGUCAAUUUGUUAAUAAUUUAGUCACCUAAAUAUAUAUGAUUUUUUUUUA